AACACCCACAAUGCUUGGAGGAACAACUACCGCCCUCUAGAGCUCCCAACGACGCCACUUCCAAAGAGUCCCGGCUGGGGUGGGGCCGCCUAGGUGCUGCUGGGCUCCGGGCUAUUUACAGCGGUUCUAUCCACUGCAGUGCAGACAUGGCGGCCCAGAAGGACCAGCAGAAGGAUGCCGAAGGGGAAGGGCUGAGCGCCACGACCCUGCUGCCCAAGCUGAUUCCAUCCGGCGCAGGCCGAGAGUGGCUGGAGCGGCGCCGGGCGACCAUCCGGCCCUGGGGCACCUUCGUGGACCAGCAACGUUUCUCGCGACCCCGCAAUGUGGGAGAGCUUUGCCAGCGCCUGGUACGCAACGUGGAGUAUUAUCAAAGCAACUACGUGUUCGUGUUUCUCGGCCUCAUCCUGUACUGCGUGGUGACAUCUCCCAUGCUGCUGGUGGCUCUGGCUGUCUUCUUUGGCGCCUGUUACAUUCUCUAUCUGCGCACGUUGCAGUCUAAGCUUGUACUCUUUGGCCGGGAGGUGAGCCCAGCACAUCAGUAUGCCCUGGCUGGUGGCGUCUCUUUCCCCUUCUUCUGGCUGGCCGGUGCUGGCUCUGCUGUCUUCUGGGUCCUGGGAGCCACGCUGGUACUCAUAGGCUCCCACGCUGCCUUCCACCAGAUGGAGCCUGCAGAUGGCGAGGAGCUGCAGAUGGAACCUGUGUAAAGUGUCCUCCAGGACCUGCCGGCCUCUCCUGCCGGCCGGCUGUCCCAUCUCUGUCUGUUCUCGUCCUACCUGGCCUUGCUGCUCAGCUCCGAGCCUUCCACCUGAGGCCUCAAACCCAGGGAGGGGCUUUUGUCUUUGGAAAUAAAGCUGUUACAAUUGCUAUUUGGCCAA